ACACCGUCGUAGAGUACCGUGUACAACCAGCUCCGGAGCGGAUGGUGUGUGGAACCUUUGGUGACCCAUUUUUUCCACCGAGCAAAAGUGUGUGGACGACGGGCGGGACGUUUUUUUCCUGGAGACUUUUCCUCGUUGAUCUUGGCUAGGAAAAAACGAUUGGAAAAUUUGGACAGGAGUGAAUUUCGUGGUGUUCGCGGUGCGAAGGACGAUCUCCCGCAGGAAUCGAUGACCUGGGGCAGGUUUUAACCUGCGGCCGCACGAGACUGUGUGUGUGUGCGUUCGUCUCAAGAAGUUCGAUUUUUCACCAAAGGAAAAACCCUCUGAGCUGGUGUGAGCUUCCCCUUCGCGAACGGGGACUAACGGUGUGUCGGGAAACCCGGAGAUCCGUGGUACGUGGUGUGUGGAUUGAAGUUUCCGACAAGCCGUGGACGGGAAAAGGAGAAAAACUCCGGAUUUCUAAGGUUGAAGAAAAAAAAAACGCAAAACACGUAACUCGAUUAUUAGAUAAAGAAGCCGGGCGCCGUGUCAUAAUCGCGACGACGAGUGCCGAACGCCAUUAGUCGACGGCGACGACGGUGAUACAUUUGGGCAUUUGUGUUUGUGUUCUCGCACGAGUGACAGUUCAACAAUAGAGCAGCAGCAGCAGUGGAAAAAACGCACUCAUUGGAGUAGCAUCACAUACUCACACGCACCAUCGUGUAGUGUCGUCGUGAAAAAGAUUGCACUUUGUGGCUUAAAAGCGCAGGAGUGAGUGAACAAACAAACAGUGAGUGAGUGAGAGGUGAGCAAGUGUGCAAGCGAGAGGCAGAGCAGUAUCCUACGGAGGAGAUCAGAGCAGCAGCGCGCAUUAGCAGUUAUGGUGAUGCUGUAAAACACUUUGAAAGCUACUAAAUAGACGAUGUCCAACGACGCACUGUGGGUGUCUGACGCCAUGUUGGACUCGCUCAGUAUGCAACUCCGGGACGCGGAAGCUCGCCGAGCGGAAGCAGAACGCGCACAUCAGGAAGCUUUGGCACAGCUGAGGGGCAUGUCGUCAUCCGGCAUGGGACGGAUAGGGGAACCAAUCGAAACGCUACAAUCCAGGGCACGCGAAUUGGAAAAAAAGGCCGCCCUUGAAACAGUCAGAUGCGAAGAGCUCCAGCUAGAACUGUCGGCCUCCCACAAGUCCCGGCCCGGCCGAACGCCGGCCAGUUCCAGCUCCAGCGGAAUCGGCCUCAGUAGCACAAUCACAAGCAAUCCGCAGUCCUCGCUCGGCGGCUCCAGCGGAAUGGUCAACAGUAUCGGUUCGACGGGCCUGGGCAGCUACAUGGGCAAUUCGACCUCCUCGGCCCUCGGGGGCAGCAUGAUGGGUGGAGGAGGUGGAGGAGGAGGAGGAACCGGCGGUGGUGGUGGAGGAGGAGGAGGUGGAGGCGGAACGGUAACCUGGGCUCCGACGCCGACCCAGCAGCAAGGAACGGAAAUAGAUAGGAUUAUGGCGAAGAUCGAACAGGCACGUUUAUCACUUGCUAAUGACAAUCGUAUAUUGGCCGAGUUAGAGCAACCUCGAACUACGGGACCAAUAAUGACGUCGUCGCUCGGGUCUGGUCUGCCCAGUGUGAGCCUGGGCCUGUCCCAGCAUCAGCCCCACCUCCAGACGACGAGUUUAGCGUCCCACAUGAACAGCACCUCGGUGCUGGGAAGCGGCGGCCUCUCCGGACUGACCAACAGCAGUGGACUGACCUCAAGCGUUGGAAUCGGCACCGGCGGCAUUCCGAACUCGCUCGGUCUGAACUCGAUGGGCAUCAGCUCAAUCGGCACCGCUGGGGUCAGCUCGAUCACGGCCGGAGUCAACUCCAUGACGAUGGGUGUGACCUCAAGUGCCAGUAGCCACGCGUUGACCGAUGGACAGUUCAGCGUACUAACGUCAUCGACCGGGACGAACAAUCCGUACUCAGCAGCUAAUGUCUCACCACUGCCAAGUCGAGCGAACCAUAUGAGCACUACUAUGCCACCCCUAUGUCAGAGCUCUACCAUGCCCGUCCUGUCGUUACACAAUACGCACUCACAUCCGUCGGGUUCAGCCAGCUACACCCUGGGACUAAGCGUCGCGCCCGUAGGUUCAUCGUACACAUUCCCAACGCACUCGGCCACCACCGGAGGAUUAGCGAGUGUCCUCGGCCCGGUCGGAUCGUCCGGCGUCGGCACAACCGGACUAUCGGGUCUGAGCGGUGGACUCGGGACGGGAAGUUCCGGCCUGGGACUUAGUUCCGGCAAUCCACUGACCAGCACGUACGGAUCGAACCUGCCCAACUUUAACACGAGUACCUCGUACUCGACCUACACGAACCCGCUGCUGGGCUCCGGUGGGAUCAGCUCCAAGAUCAAACCGCUGGACGAGCUUGACCUGCUGACGCGGUACGCCCAGCGAGGAGGAACGCCCUGUUCACCGAUUCCUCCCGCCAGCUGGGGCCUGGACAGUUUCGGCGGCAUCGACGGGGUCAACCCGGCCUUUAUGCACUCCCAGAACCGGUCACUCAUCGGAAUGGAGCUCGAUGCACGAACGCACGGUCUAACACUGAACGGUACCGGUGAACCGCAAGUGGACAUGUUAGAUAUACCGGGAAAAGGUAGAUGUUGUGUAUUUAUAGCAAGAUUUUCCUAUGAUCCGCCAGAAGUGGAAGGUUCGGAAGGAGAGUUAGCGCUGUGCGCAGGUGAUUAUUUGUUAGUCUGGGGCAACGGUGAACCACAGGGUGGCUACCUGGAUGCUGAACUGUUAGAUGGUAGAAGGGGCCUCGUGCCCGCGUCCUUCGUGCAAAGAUUAGUAGGAGACGAUUUACUCGAGUUUCAUCAGGCCGUGGUGACGACGCUGCGGGACGCGGACGACGCGCCGAUUAUCCUCGAUCCGGCGCCGCUGCCGAUGGGCAUUCCCCACGUGCCGCACACAAACGAAGACUUGGCGCGAAUUAGCGAAGCCCACACGGACGUAGGUCAAGAGUUUGACGACGAAGCCGACACAGUUCCUGCACCGAAACACCUCACCCUGGAGCGGCAGCUGAACAAGAGCGUCCUGAUCGGCUGGACGCCCCCGGAUCCACCCGGGUGCAACUCGAUCGAAAGCUACCACGUGUACGUGGACGGCGUACUGAAGGUGACUGUCAAGGCGACCGAACGCACACGAGCACUGGUGGAGGGCGUAGAUUCCAAUCGACCACAUAGAAUAAGCGUACGUAGUGUAACCCAUAAUCGUAGAACUUCGCGCGACGCUGCCUGCACAAUGAUCAUCGGACGCGACACGGCACACCUCGGACCAUCGGCAGUGCGGGCGAACAACAUCACCUGCUCGAGUGCGAUCAUCUCGUGGCUUCCGGCCAACUCCAACCACCAGCACGUCGUGUGCGUCAACAACGUGGAGGUGCGGACGGUCAAGCCCGGCGUCUACCGGCACACGAUUACGGGGCUGGCCCCCAGUACGCAAUAUCGAGUGACGGUACGAGCGAAACACCUGCGGGCGGCCGGCCAAACCACCACCCCUGCGACGACCGGACCUCCGCCAGAAGAGGCACCCGGUGCGUACACCGACUUUAGGACCCUCGCCAAAGGUCUGCCCGACCCGCCACAGGAGAUCCAAGUCGAAGCCGGACCACAGGACGGAACCCUCCUCGUGACCUGGCAGCCGGUGACGCGACCCCCUUCGUCCGGACCGGUGACCGGGUACGCCGUGUACGCGGACGGCAAAAAAGUGACUGACGUGGACUCGCCCACCGGCGACCACGCGCUGAUCGACAUCGGCAAACUGGUCGGACUCAAUCCCCGAGCAGUGACUGUGCGGACCAAGUCCCGUGACUCCCAGUCGGCGGACAGCAACCCUACCAUGAUACCAAGCUUUGGAUACCCAGAAUCAAAUACUGAAAAUGGACUAAACUAUCCAUCAUCAUCACAACAAUCGCAACACCACAAUCAAGAUCAAGUGCGCAACGCCGCCAGGAACCGAAAUCCGGGCGGGGCCAUGCAGCCGCAGCCGGGCCAGCACAUGCGGAACCAGCGGAUGAUGAACAAUCAGCAGCAGCAGCAGCAGAUGAUGAACAACCAGGGCCAGAUGAUGAACAAUCAGAUGCAGCCGAUGAACCCGAACCAGGUGAUCGACCACGACGAGAACCUGAGCGACAAGGAGAUCUACCCGGGAUCGAUGCACCAGCAGGAGUCACGUUCCCAGCGCGAUUCCAAUAGCAGCGGCAUUCCGGCGAUCGAAAUCACUAAAGAGUCCGCCACCGACGUCACGUACGUUAGUGACGACAGCGAAUACCAAGAUGGCGCUAGUAGCAGCGGUGGCGGAAGUGGGCGUCGUCGUAGCGGCCCUCCGCCACAGCAGCAGCAGGGCUACCGGAACCAGAACAUGCCCAUGAACCAAACUGGCCGCCAGACGAAUCAGGUGGGCCAGAACCAGCAGCAGCAGUACUACAACAAUCCGAAUCAGCAAAACCAGCAGCAAAACCAGCAGCAAACGCAACAGCAGCAACAGGCCCAACAGCAGCAGCAGAUGGGCCGCAACCAGAACCAGGUGAGACCGAUGAACCCGAACCAACCGAUGCCACCUCAGCAGCAGCAACAAGGCCAAGGCCAACGGAUGGGUGGCCCCGGGCUGCCCGGCCAGCAGAUGACGCCCCAGACGAUGCCACCGUUUCCAUCGCACCUCAUGGGUGCAUCGAAAAAGCCGCGCUACUUUAUGGCCCUGUUCGAUUACGAUCCGGCCACCAUGAGCCCCAAUCCGGACUCGUGCGAGGAGGAGCUGCCGUUCAACGAGGGCGAUACCAUUCGGGUGUACGGUGACAAGGACCAGGACGGUUUCUACUGGGGCGAGCUGCGCGGCCGGCGGGGCUUCGUGCCGGAAAACCACGUCCAGGAGAUCGAGGACGGUGCCCAGGGCGGUGUCGGCGGUGGCAGUGGCGUUGGCGUUGGCGUAAGUAACGUGGGCAGCGUGGGCGGAGUGGGCGGUGUCGGUGUUGGUGGCGGUGGCGGGGUGGGCCCUUCAGUGCGGGGCAUCAGCCGGGAUCGGUGGGGCGACAUCUACGCCAACAUGCCGGUCAAGCGAAUGAUCGCCCUGUACGACUACGAUCCGCAGGAGCUGAGCCCGAACGUGGACGCCGAGCAGGUGGAAUUAAGUUUCCAAACCGGCGCCGUCAUACUCGUGUAUGGCGACAUGGACGAGGACGGGUUCUUCAUGGGUGAACUGGACGGCGUACGGGGUCUGGUGCCGUCGAACUUCCUGACCGAGGCACCGGACCAGUACAGCAAUCAAGGUCCGAACGCCAAUAAUCUGGCCCAGCGAACGCUCAACAACGCCAGCAAUCGGGGCCGAGGGAUUGGUCCCGGGGGACGUGGACCGCCACCCCCGUCGGGAGGUUUGGGUGGUUUGAACCAGCGAGGCCCGCAGCGGAAAGAAAAAGCUAACAACACUCACACCACCAGUAACAACAACCCAUCAAAGAACAUGGCACAACAUGACGCUAAUCAAAGCUCUCGCCACACGCAUAACCAUAAUAAUCAGCCAAACAACAACAGUAAUAGUAACAACAACGGCAAAAACAACGCCAACAGCAACACUGAGCCAGAACAUGCUCGCCCUUCUUCCCCUACACUGUUAGACAACACGGGCCACCCUGCCCCCGAUCACCAUACGCAGGGGAUGCAGGGGAUAGGAGGGAUGAUCGGUCAAGGGAUAGGGAUCGGUGGUAAUGUCGGCGGCAUGGGUAACAUGCAGCAGCAGACGCCACUGCAACAGCAACAGCAGCAACAACAGAUGCGACAACAGCAGCAACAGCAACCGAUGAUGCAACAGCAACAGCCGAUGAUGAUGCAACAACAACCGCACAUGCAACAGCAGCAGCAGCAGCAGCAACAACCAACGACCACAGCCUCGUCCGGUGGUGUCUUUUCGACGGCGAGCAACCUCCUGUCGGGGGCCGCCGGUGCCGCAACGGGGGGUCUGUUCGGCAAGAAGCCGGCCGCACAGCAGCAACCCCAACAACAGCAACAACAACAGCCCGGCAUGGGCGGUCAGAUGAACAACCAGCAGCAGCAACAACAACCCCAACAACAGUCAUCCGGUCCAUUUAGUAGUUUAGGCAUGAACAUUGGCAUGGGAGGUGGCCAGCAACAGCAACAGCAGCAACAACAACAGCAACAACACCAGCAGCAGCAGCAACCCGGGCAACAGGGUCAACCUGGCCAGCAGCAGCAGCAGCAGAUGCCCGGCGGGGCAAUAAUGGGCAAGAUCCAGGAGAUGGCGGCACCCGGCGGUGACAUCCUGUCCAAAGGCAAAGAGCUAAUCUUUAUGAAAUUUGGUCUCGGUGGUAAAUAACCCCAGGCAUUUAGUUACGAUUAUCACUAUUCGAGGGUGGAGGCUAGACUAUACUGUACAUUAUUACUGCUAUAAAGUUACACAUUCCAAGAUCCUAAGACGAAGACAUAAAAACACACAUACACUCACACACACGUACACAAACAAUACGGGCAACAGUAGCGCGCAGCCAGGCGCACCUGUCCGCAAAUGAAAGGAACAAAUAAUAGGUUAGUAAGACGAAGAAGUUGUUAAAACCAAAACAAAAACUGUUGUCGAUAGCUUUUUGUUUAUACACGCUAACGUUGACGUCUGGUGUACAUAGCGGGAAGAUAUGACGAUUAUUUAGGGGUUCUACAAAGGUUACAAGAACAACAAACAAAAAACUAGUCAAGUAAAAGAAGAGACAUGAUCACACACAUACACACACGCACACGUACGUAUUUUCCGCGGCAUUUCGGGACGAGAACGAUUUAGGUUUAAUCUCACCGAGAGAGUUAUAAGAAAAUGAAAACAAAAAAGUUCCGUUUCUCAAAUUAGCAUUUGUUUGUGUUACAUUCUCGAGGGUGUAGUUGUGUAACUCUAGACAAAAGAACGUAUAUUUGAGCAUUGUUGUUCAGUUUCUAUUAAGUUUCGGUUUUGGUUUUUGGUGACCGAUGGUUUUUGGUGAAACGAUGGAGCUCUGUAUAAUUAUACAAUGUUAUAGUUAUAUAAAUUACCAGACGUAAAAGACAAGUUCUAACAUUAAGAUGAGUGAUCAAAAACAAAGUGAAUGAAAAGGUGAUAUUUACAUUUAAAGCAAAUCAUUACCCAUAUCAUUCCAUAUAAAUAUUAUUAUAAAUAUAUCAUAUAUAUUUAAAGAAAACAACAAAAAAAAGAUGAACAAAAAAGACAUUCAUGCUUCAAAGUGCUGUUCAAAAAUUAGAGUUACAUUUCACCGAGAUCACACACACUCACUCACACACUUUUUCAACUACUCCCCCUCAUAACUCUCAUCAUUACAUGCUAGCAAAUAAAGAAGAAGUUAUUGAAUUGAGUCGGCGCGCGUCUUUAGCACAACAUAAAAUAUUAACAAUAAAUAUCUUUGACUAAUUAACAAAAAAAAAAAACAAACAAAACACUUAAAAUAAUCUUUACAGUUAUCUUAUUAUUGACACCUUACUUAGAUUAUGAAUCAAAGAGUAAAACAAAUAUCAACUAAAACAGUGUUAUAAUUUGUUACUAUUUUUGUUCGUAUAUACAAAAAGUCGCUAAAUUGUUGUAUUGAAACAAGAACCUAAUAAAUCAUAAAGGAAAUAAUGUAGCUAAUGAAAAAUUUAGUGUAUUAUACAGAAGAAAAGAAAAGAAAAAAUCAGAAAGAAAUUCAAUUCAAUGCUGAGUAGCUAUUGACUUGACAACUACAACUAAGCAUCGGAUUUAAACAAACAAAACAAAAGAAAACAGUAGCGAAUCGACUAGGCGAAUAAAACAAAAACAACAUUGGCAUGUAAAUAUCGGAACCAGGUCGAACAAAUUGAAGAGUGUAAAAUCGAGCGCGCGAGUGCAGGCGAGUUGUGUUAGCCCGGAACUAGCUGAACACACACAACACACACACACACAGAAACACUUACACACGAACACAAGAAGAAUAAAAUUCCAGGUGAAAUGUUAAGAUGAAGAGAGGAAAAAACGACGACCACAAAUGUUUACCCACCAUUAUUAAAUUGAGAAUAUUUAUAGUUAAUAAUCAAUCUUUAAAAUUAAACGACAAACAAAGGAAAAUCAACAAAAAAAAACACAGCAAAAUUAACCUAUUUCGUGACAAGUCUAAUCAAACUAAACCGCGAAAACGAAAACAAACAAAAAAAAACAGACAAAACCAACGUUGCAAAACCAAACCGUGAAACUCGCGAACAAUCUUGAUAUAAAACAAAAAAAAAGCUUCGGGUUCCCCGGGGGCUACCAAUCAAGUGACAGUCUGUAGAGAAACACUUAAGUUUUGGUUACAAAUCUCUCCACAAUGACACACAAACACACACACAAUUACAUCACAGGAAAACACGUGUGCACCGUUUCGCUAGAACGAGGUGAGGUAAUUUCACAAUCACACAAGAUGGCUCAGUAUUCGUAAUGUGGCAAUCGUAAGUAUUUUCAACAAACAAAUCUUUAAAAUUUAUUUUACUUUUCAAUUGGUCGCAUCUGCCUUCCCCUAAAUUCAGCCCCUCCUCCCUGCAAAGUCGUUCGGAAACAAAACGUCAUCCAAGACUGCGCCUGAAUGCGGCUUCCCAAAAAAAUCACGCGCGAGAAUGUCCCCGCCCUCCCCUACUGAAAGCACAACCCUUCCCCCCUAUCAAACUGCAACGAUCUCUUGCUUUAUGGUUUUAAUUGGUAAUCCCCACCUUCUGGUAUAUGUUCUAUUCUAGGGCCCGGCGAUUGUAGUGUGGCGUAGGGAAGCGCACGAAGUUAGGCACACACACACAUACACACCAGAACAUCACCACCAGAACAAUACACAAAAUUCAUACCGCGGAUUCACACUCUCACUUUCUAAUCAAUGCUGCCAAUAGAAACAGUCACACACACAUACGGUCACACCCGCGCACACAUCGACAUGAACGCUGUCUCGCAUAGGAUUUUUUUCUCAAUUUCUUCCGCGAGCAAGAGGUACGCGACCUUAUUUCAAUUACUUACAAAUAAAAACAAAUUGCUAUUAUUAUUACAUCGUUGAGCAAUGAGCAAAUAUGAAGAUUUUCGAUAACUCAAAAAAGUUCAUACUGAACAAUUCACUCAGAGCCUAAGGGCAUCGAUUUUGAUAGAAAAAACUAUCAUUUGAUGAUUCUUGCAUCAAAAUAUCAGAGGCUUUAGCGACCGUGUCACUAUAGCUUGUGAGUUCUCAACUUUUAUUUCGCGAUUGCCAGCAAGAGCGUUCGCUUUCUAUCACUCCUUCCUUAUUUUCCUCGUUCACGCUCAUUCGCCGAAGAUUCGUUUGGUUUCUCAGAAAACCGCAAUGAAAGAACGCGCAAAUUUUGUUUUAUGGCGGCUUUUGUGGCUACGGUCUGUUGAGGGGCGAUGAUUUUGAAUGUGGGAAUGAGAGCGAAAAAGAGAAUGUCACACGGGAUUGUGUAAUCAUGAAAUAGAGACCGGCAUUUUUUUUUUUUUUUUUGCUGAGAAUUUCAAGACGGAAAGAAGGGCAGUGAAAGUUGGACGAUGAGAUUUCGGCAUAAUAGUUGUAGUCACCACUAAUGACAUUUGACAUGUAAGAGUCCCUGGUGGGACCUGGUCGCCUGAAUAGAAAAUAGAUUGUGAGUUACUCGUCUAAAUUCUUGUAAAUUUUUGGUAUUUACAUUUAAAAAAAUGUUAGAGAGCAUCUUGAGAAGCAUAGGAACUUUCAAUGAUAAAUAAUCUGUUUUUUUACAAUUAUACAUGACAGAGUACUUCGUUAACCUUCUCUUCGCCAACCUGAAAUUGAUGUUCUGCUUUCGUUCGUUCACACACAAACGAAUGAGCGCAACGCAAAGUCACUCACACAGUCAUUUGACUCUCACUACCUCUCACACGCGCAGUGUUCGUUCGUUAGAAAUCUACCGAAAUUCAGAUCAUUUGACUGCAUAGAAAUGAUUGCUGUCACCACGCAGUACCACACAAGCAAGAAAGAGAAAAAAGAAAAAGAAAAAAGAUCAAGAUCACGUCGCGCGGCUGCUAGAGUGUCGAGCUAGGCUUUCGUUCGAUUCAACUUCGUGUGCGUUCACCGAACUGUCUCUUUGUAAUGACGACCAUAGGGGGAUGGCGUCGCUAUUUUUAGACCACGUUUUCCACUUUUUCUCAUCGAAACCGACUACUUUAUCGACUUCAUUUUGCUGGGCGAGAUAGGACGCCGUCUAUUUUUAGACGAUGACUCAGCACUUUUCCACUCUUGCACCUAAAAAACCAGAUGGCAGCACGAUGUAACGCCACGUCCCUAUGACAGGCGGGCUUAGACAGCUAAAGAUCUGAGGAUAUAUCGUCCCGCCCGUGUGGAUCAAUCGGACAGCACAAUCCGGAGGUCGACGGUUCGAAUCCCGGGGCGGGCGCUCUAAAAUUCUUUGUGUAAAUAUGGGUAUUCGGCGCCGUCGCUCCGUGCCAUACUUUCAUACACUUAGGAGCCCAGGGCGGCGAAGUCCUUGUAGAUAAAAAGGAAGACACUAGUGGUUGGUACUAGCAAUGGUGGCCGACAGCUAUAAAGUCAACUUCGAUAUGAGAUUUUGUUUAGUUUAUGUUUGUUUUUUCUUAGUUAAAAAGGUAAACAUAAAUAAAUUUGAAAUUACAGUAUUUUUUGUAUGGUAAAAAAUAGACUUGAAAAUAAAUUAAUUUAUUAAAAAAAAAUCAUUUUGGACAUGAUAUUAAACGUUGUUUUUUUAUUUUUUUCUCAGUACCAGGGAUGGAAUAAUUGUAAAAUAUUCAUUUUUGAUUGAGGACUUUCUUCACCCACGAAAGAGGAGGCGAAAAACGCAAAAGAAAAUAAUCGCUUCCGAAAUUCUCGAAGAAUUUUAGUUAGGUGGAGAUUGUUUGUUAAUCUCCUCCUUUGCUACAUUUUAAACAACAUAAUUCAUUUUUUUUUUUUUGCACACAUAGCCCAUCUACAAAAAGUGACAGGUAAUUUUUCGAAGUGCGCCGAAAAAUCAAGACGAUGAUUUUUUGAGAUUCCUUUGAUCAAUAUUUCGUGCGCGAGAGAGGAGAGCCAUGAUGCUUCCGAUUUUUUCUCUUGAUGAGCGUCAAAAGAUUUUCAAAAGAUUGAUUCUACCAUCGCUGCUCAGCACAUCUGAGCAAACAAUCGUUUUAAGGUGGUAAAUGGUGUCUUUCACUUUUGGGGCAAUAAUUGUCAAUGAUGGUUCUGAUUUCAGGGUCCAGAAAUAGUAUAAACAACACCAAGUAAAACUUUUUGAUUGAAACAUUCUGAAUCAAGAUUUGAAUGUUUUUUUCUAAAACAAACAUGGCCGCCAAAUGGCCGAUCGGGAAUGAUGCCUUUCAGAACCUUAAAAUAAUUUCACUUUCCAUCGCUCUUUAACGUCAAACAAUAUAUUUUAUUACAUUGAGCAUGGGUUUCCCAUAUACAUAAGACCUUUUGAAAAAGUAAGUGAGAAAUAUAAUAUUCUGUAUCUUCCUUGUAAUUUGCUCAACGCUGUCAUAAUCAUAAUUCAUUCCAAACUCUAAACAAAAACGUCACUUAAGCUCAUUCCAAGCACCAGUUACACAACAGAACAGUUUAAAACGAAUAACCGGUGAUUUUUACCAAACCGGGAGACAAACCUCUCCCAGCAAUAGCCCGAUCGAAUACGUAGAACUGAAAUUUGGGAACCAAUGAAACGGAAUUAAUCGGUAUUAUUUAUUUAAGGAGAAACGAACCCGGCAAGAAUCGCUUGCCGAACAGUAUACAAGAUUGAGAGAAUGAAACAAAAAAUCACACUCGACACCAUGGCAACACCCCCUCCCAAAAGCAGACAAUGAACAGCAGAGACACAAACCUCCUCCCUUACAAUUAACCGUAGCAGUUAGUCGCAUAUAGUUGUACAGCCUGUAUACCUGUUAACCUGUUUCAACUCUUUCUAACCGGCAAGACCGUCGUUCGAACGUGACAUAGACUCUCACAUUUGGGUUGGGUUUUAGAGUAUUUUUUGUCAGUUUUGAUUUUCUCACAAAAGUUCUCUACGAAAUCUGUCGUUACUUUUCACAGAACACUCUUUCUCUAUAGGAAAAAAAAGAAAGCAAACAAGAAAGGAAAUCUAAUAUUUGUACUUCACCUCAAACUUUUUACAGACUUUUUCAAACCCUACUACUAACGAUUCACACACACAACACAACACACAUACAAACAGAGAGUAACACACGUACACGAUGCAUCAAAUACAACAGGAAAACUAACAUCCCUAUCAAACUCACACACACACAAACGCAAUGUCUGUUAACAAAAGUAAAACUAUCAACUAAGAGAAGCCAGCAUUUGAGCAAACAAACAAGAAAAUACACGAAAACAUGCGGUUUUCAAAGAAAGAAGAAAAAAUACUGAGGAGCAGCAAGAAAGGGAACGCGCGCGCGCAGUGUAGCAAAAAUAUAAAUAAAUGAAUAUUUAUUGUUAUAUUUAAAGAAAGUAAAAAAAAGAGAAAUAAAAUUGAAAUAAUAAAAUUCAGUUCGGUGCCUUCUGAAUGUUUGACGCGUGGAAUUUACUUUUCCGUACCCGUUUUUACCUUUCAUGUCCUCGCUUUUGGAGUAAAUAAAAAAAUCGUUGAUUUUCUUGUUUAAUGGAAAACCACUUUUCCCGACAUUUUCCUACCAACUUGCAACGAGUUUUUCCCCUCCCCCUCAAACCGUAUAUUGUGAUUCGUGUCUUUUUCUCAAAACCGCUUCUGCCUAUACGUGGAACUCCGUGUUUUUUCCGUACAGUUUAUACGUUUUUGACCGUCCUAAAACAUCCCCCAGAAACUUAACCUUUUGAAGAACGAAAAAAAAACAUGUUACUGUCGCGACACAAACACACUGUUGUUGGAUUCGAUUCCGCUUGUCUUAUUAUUGUUUGUUUUCUUGAGCAAGAACAGGAGUUACAACAAAAGAAAAAACAAAAAAAAGAACCGUCGUCGUGUUACAAAAGCAAGAUCUUAGCUAAGUCGUAUUAAAAUUUAACAAAAAGUUUAAAAAACUAAAAAGAAAUCUUCUGCAAAGGGUAACUGCUUGGAAACAGGUGUGAGAAGCAAAGUUGAAGGAAAUGUGUGUGAAAAUGUAAAGAAGUUACAAUAAGCAAAAUUCACGCAGCGCAAAACGGUGUAAAAAGAUCGCGACAACUAGUGGAGGUGGAGGAGACGCGUAGUACUUUGUACAUUAAUUGAGAAAAAAAGAAGAAAAAACCGUAGAUAUACAAUUAAGAAAAUAUGAGCAAAUAACAAAUACGAUACUAUUCCAAACAAAUGCGCUUUUCAUGCUUUUUUGUACAUAAAUUACGACGGAAACUUCUUCAUUUUCUAUUUUCAGAUAAGCUGAGAUAGCUAUUAUCAAACAAAAGAAAUGCAAAAAACAAGCUAAAAGCUAUGACUAUCUUUAUACACAGAACCAAGACAAAACCCAUGUUAUACAACAAGAAAGAACGAAAAAAAAAGUCACAAAAAACCGUUUAAAUUUUGAAUUACGCAAUAACGCCUCGAAACGCUUUUCUCUUUAAGGAAAAACAAUGCCCUCGGCACGAAGGGCUUAAGAAAACCAUCUCAGAUGAACUAAUUCCACAAACCACAACUUUCGAUUUGGCUGAACAACUCUCUUUCUCUAUCUUUCUUCACACUUCACACGUGUUAUUUUCUCUUUUUCUCUUAUAUCUCGAACGGUGUAAGCUCUGUCCAAAGACAACAACAACAACAACAAUAUGCUGUAUCCAUCUGUAUAGAACAAAUCUAAAAAAAAGUGGAGAACAAAUACAAUAAUUAAUUAUAAUGAUCAAACAAAAGAAGAAGAAAAAAACUAAACGGCAGCCAAAUUCAACCUUUCAUCUCUCAAUAAUUAGUUUAGAAAAGGAAUGAAACUGAGACAAAAACAUAGUUUAGCAAGCCUACAAAGACACUCACACAGACACACUGACACAAAAAUACACACACACACCUACACUAGAAAGUGGCAUAAUUGUUAAAUAUUGCAUACUUUAAUUAUUUGAGAACCCAAGAAAAAAGUUGUCACGAAACAAGGUAAUGUAGUGUUCACCGAACAAACGAUGUCGGUGCGGAGAACAAAAAGAAAAAAAAACAUCAAUAAAGCGAAAAAGAAAACCGAAAAAAUACCAAAAAACAAAAAUAAAUUUCGUCUCAAUCGUUUCCUUACUUUCUUUUGCAGCUUCACUGUUUCAUACGAAAAAUAAAAAAAAAACGACAAACACACACAUAUCAUGUAAAACGGUUCGUUCGUUCGCAAUGGUCAAGAACUAAACACACAAAAUCACCCCCCACACACACACCCACACAAACGUCAGUUUCAUUUUGCAGCUUGCAGAGUCCAUUCCACCCCACCCAAACCCCCCUUUUUCGAACCCUUUCUCUAUCUCGUUCCAAUGGCGUUACAAACAUGUGUGCGUCCGCCCUUAAUUCUGUGUGCAGAGCGAGGCUUGGUUGUCUUCUUCUUCUUCUAAGGGCUGGCAGCGGUUUUUCUUGUUGGGGUGUUCAAGCAAAAAAAAACAAAACAGUGAAAAGCGUAGCAAACAAAAAAAAAACGUGCUAGCCGAGAAUUAUUUGCGCGAAAACACACACAAACAAUCACACACACAGACAGACAGACUGCAACAGCAAAGGAUGUCAUGCAAAACGAAAAAAAAGUAUAAAGAACACAAGCACACACACUCACUGGUGGUAAACAGAACCAGAAACAACAGAGCAGAAUAAACAACAGCAACAACUACAACAAAGAAAAACAACAAUAAAACAGGCGGAAACUGACAGAGAAAGAAAGAAAAAAACAACAACAACAACACAUCUUUGUAACGGUUAUAAAUUAAGAGAAAACAUUACAAGCAGAGAAAUACAAUAAAAUCGUGAAUGUAAAUGAAAACCAAAAAAAACA